AUGGGUUCAUGGGUUCAUGGGUUCAUGGGUUCAUGGGUUCAUGGGUUCAUGGGUUCAUGGGUUCAUGGGUUCAUGGGUUCAUGGGUUCAUGGGUUCAUGGGUUCAUGGGUUCAUGGGUUCAUGGGUUCAUGGGUUCAUGGGUUCAUGGGUUCAUGGGUUCAUGGGUUCAUGGGUUCAUGGGUUCAUGGGUUCAUGGGUUCAUGGGUUCAUGGGUUCAUGGGUUCAUGGGUUCAUGGGUUCAUGGGUUCAUGGGUUCAUGGGUUCAUGGGUUCAUGGGUUCAUGGGUUCAUGGGUUCAUGGGUUCAUGGGUUCAUGGGUUGGGGUAACAAUGGAGGAGGUGGUCGCGGAGGCUUCAAUGGAGGAGGACGUAGUGGAAACGAUGGAUGGGGCAAUGGUGGUGGCCGUGGAGGAAACAACGGCGGUGGACGUGGAGGAUUCGAUAAUGGAGGAGGACGCGGUGGAAACGGCGGAGGACGUGGAGGAAACAAUGGAGGAUUCAACAAUGGCGGAGGACGUGGUGGAGGAGGACGAAGCACACCAGGAGAGCGCAUCGCCAACAAUGUCCUCGGAGCACUACUUGGAUAA